AUGACCUUAGAGCUGAUGUGGUCAAAGGACAACGCUGUCAAGGCAGCUUAUAGGAGACAGAAAACAGGCCGAAAGUGGAACCCUGAAGAAGUGAUCAACCAAGCAAUCAGCAGGCUAAAGCACAGGGAUAUAGUAGGAGCAGUUCAGCGAGGAAGGACCGGUCUGGGGUGGGGAGAGAGAACCCAGAGAUGGGAGAGAGCCACCCAGACAGAGCGAAAACAGCUCGUAGUGGAAGAGGUUAAACGAAUGGAGGAAGAAGGGAGGAAAGUUUGUGCAGUUAGUCAGAAGCAACAGGGAGCUUGGGUCAAUUGGGAAGACUGUUUAGACAGAAAGUUGACCUGGAACGAUGUGUGGAAGAUUCCCGAUUGCAGACUCAGCUUCCUGAUCAGGGCAGUAUACGACGUCCUCCCAUGCCCGAGGAAUCUAAGCAGGUGGUAUUCAAGGGAGGAAGCAUGCCAGUUAUGUGGAACGCCGAAGGCAAACCUGAAGCAUACCCUCUCUGCCUGUACUACCUCCCUACAACAGGGUAGAUUCACCUGGCGUCACAACAAAGCCCUCAGGGUCCUGGCAGCAGCCCUAGAAGUCCGAAGGAGGAAGGCAGGAAGCAGAGAGGAAACUCAGAAGCAGACCUUCAUCCCCUUCGUCAAGGAAGGGCAGAGUGCGACACAGGGGGUUAGGAGGAGUUGUGAAGGCCUGAUGAGGAAGGGAGAGUGGGAGAUGGCAGUCGACCUGGAUAAACGGUUGGUCUUCCCUAGGAACAUCUGCGAGACGACCUUACGUCCUGAUAUAGUCUUGUGGUCUUCAGUACAGAAGACAGUCCUGGUGAUUGAGCUGACUAUACCAUGGGAAGAGAACAUUCAAGCUGCGUAUGAGCGGAAAAAGCUUAAAUACCAGGAGCUGGUUCAACAGUGUGCGGAGAAUGGGUGGAGGUCACUGCUGUACCCCGUCGAGGUGGGCUGUAGGGGUUUCGUCGGAACAUCCCUUACACGGCUAUGCAGAGAUCUCUCCAUCGGCCAAAAGCAGCUGGUAAAACAGAUGGCAGAAGAGGUGGAAAGAUGUAGUUUCUGGCUUUGGCUGAGAAGGAAGGACUGCCACUGGAAAACCAAGGAGUAG